ACGCCCAAUGUGUCAGAUCUUCUUAUUGACUCCUCACACAGAUAACGGGUAGUAGUUUCAAAGAAGCGCGUUAGAGAGCCGGUUUGUUUUUCAGCAUGGAUAAGAUUCAGAACGGCUGGUUCAGUGAGGUGUGCCAGCUUUGUCCUGGGCAGGCGAUGAGUCUCGAGGUAGAAGAGGUUCUGUAUGAGAAAAAGUCCAAGUUUCAGGAUGUGAUGGUGUUUAAAAGUAAGACCUAUGGCAACGUCCUCAUAUUGGAUGGCAUGAUCCAGUGCACAGAACGAGAUGAAUUUUCCUACCAAGAAAUGAUCGCCAACCUGCCGUUAUGCUGCCACCCUUGCCCUAAGAAGGUUCUGAUCAUCGGCGGAGGAGAUGGCGGGGUGCUGAGGGAAGUUGUGAAGCAUCCAAUGGUCGAGUCUGUGGUUCAGUGUGAGAUCGAUGAGGACGUUAUUAACGUUUCGAAGAAGUACCUCCCUGGAAUGGCGAAGGGAUUUUUCAGCCCCAAGCUGACUCUGAAUGUCGGAGAUGGCUUUGAGUUCAUGAAGAAGAAUCAGAACGCUUUCGAUGUCAUUAUCACGGACUCCUCAGACCCUGUUGGACCAGCAGAAAACCUGUUCAAAGAGCCCUAUUACCAACUCAUGAAAACGGCGCUGCGUGACGGUGGAAUUCUUUGCUGUCAAGGAGAGUGUCAGUGGCUUCACUUGGAGCUGAUUAAAGAGAUGCGCGUCUUCUGCAAGUCGCUGUUCCCUGUAGUGGAGUACGCUUACUGCUCCAUCCCGACAUACCCGAGCGGCCAGAUCGGCUUCGUGCUCUGCAGUAAAAACCCGGAAACGAAUUUCCGCGAGCCGGUACGGGAGUUGACGAGGGACGAGAUCGAGAGCAUGGACCUCAAAUAUUACAACCCUGAAAUCCACCGAGCUGCUUUUAUUCUACCGGAAUUUGCCAGAAAGGUCCUCAGUGCAGUGUAACUGGAUUCUCGGCUGCCAUCUUGUCUUAACGCUGCUUUGUGAAAUCAGGGCGAAGCCGUUAGUGCAACAGCUGUGUGUGUGCGCGUGUGUGUGCUCUCUGUCAAGAAAAGGGAAUUUAUGUGCAUUUUGCACAGUUUUCACAACAAUCUCCUAAAGACUUGCUGAUUUUUAUUGAUCGCGUUUUGUUUCUUCCAGAAUUUACAGACAAGUGCCAGAUGUUUGUCGUCAUACGUGUUGCGUGACACGCGAUAUGACCGUCAUGACAAGGUCAAUGCAAACACGGUCUUAUUUUUUCUGCUACAUUCCUCUACAGCUCUGUCCUGAGCUUUUCAUCUCUGUUCUCUGAAGAAGUGAAAAGAUCAAACUGAAGAUGCAGCGUUCGAGUUCGGUGGCUGUUGAACCAGGAACAUGCUUUACUAAGGGUUUUGAGUAAACUAACAGAUGUCCGGUUGAUGGCAGAUUAAUUAAUCCAUAGUAGAGGUUAAAAUACUACUAAUAAAAUAGCCUAAUCCAAAUUAACAUCAAGAUCCAAAGUGACAAAUAAAAACGCAUCAUUAUGAUUCGUUAUGAACUAGUGAUGUUUUGUGGGUAAUUUUUAAACUUUAUCUCGAAAUGGUUUGGGUGAAGUGUUUUACUUCUCUGACUUUACAAACUGUAAUGUUGCAAGCGACUUGGAUAGAAAGACGAUAUUUUGUUUAAAACUUUCCGAGUUCUGUGCUGUCUCUCUCAGCGCUGUGCUCAAAAUGUAUUUUUUUAGCUUUGGGUCAUGAUUACGGAAAGAAUGUAAACUUAUGUUGACUGAAACCCACAACUUGUGCUCUUGUGUGCUGAAGUGAGAAGUGGUUUUAAGUUCUAAAAAUGUCCACCGUAGCUACUUUCUGACCAACAGGGACCGGGUUCUUGAACCAGUGAGCAAACCAGGCCAUGUUUUCACAGGGUUUGAGUGGAACCGUUCUAAUCGAGCAUGUGUCAUGAACGGAGGGCGUUGCACAAUGGAUGUAUACGGUCUGAGCAAGAUGGAGGAACACACUGAUUACCUGCCAGCUUUUGUUCUGUUUUUACAGUUAUAUUUAAAGGGCUGAUGACACGAACAUGACUCUAUGCAAUUUCUUAAAUAAACUAUACAACAUGGCAAACAUGUUAGAUUUCUGUUAUAAUUGUGUGAAAAGAAACUGUUACGCGAAUAUCCAACUUUUAAUUGCACAGCGCAAGAAAACUGGGUCCGUGGCUCGCGGCCAUGUUGUGACGUCAGCGGAAGAACACGCUGCGGUUCACUGGCUGUUCUACUCUGGUUCUACUCAAUGGAAAUGGCGCAUGAAAAUGCCGGUGAACUCUCUAGUGCUAGCUCUUCCUCUUCUGGUAGUCUAGAAUUGUGUUGAUCUCUUCCGAAUAGAAUCUAUGAUAGCCUACCCUCUUUACCCUUUGCCUCUCGUUGCCAGGCGGCAGUUACAUGAAAGCCGCAAGCUUUCACAAGCAAAUAGUACAUGACUGAUAUCAUGCCGACUUUAUGAUUACAUUUAUGAUUAUCAUGUAGAAUCUAUAGCUCUAUGUACCUUUAUCUUAUGUCAUUUCACAACACAUGUUCUGACAGGAGGACUGUCUUUGGAUCCGGCAUAGCUACUAGUAGACCCCCUCCAGAAUACUGGCAGUGUUGCCAGAUUGGGAGGUUUCCCGCCCAGUUGGGCGGUUUCAAGUGCAUUUUGGUGGGUUUUGAACAUAUUUUGG